ACCCGCCAAAGUCCAGUCGUGAUCCUCCUCAAUUGUCAAAGAUCGCUGAUUGAUGACAAACGACGCGAAAGCACCAUGGCACGCAAUCGAGGACGAUAAAGGACGCCACUGCAAUCAACACUAUCCUAUAUUCAGCAGAGACCAGCAGACAUGUCAACGGAGGACAAUAAUAAGGAAGAAGCUGGGAGUUCCCAUGGUCACCAUGGAUGGACAGCAGUCGUUGAGCAUCAGAUACACGGGGACGUUGCGGACUGUGAUGAGAUUGAUGCGGAAAUGGGCCUGGCGUCUCCCCAUCAGGAUGCCAGCACACGCAGUAUCAAUAGUAUCACCAGCAAUAUGAGCUCUUCUCUUUCCAUAACAGGUACAUCCAACGAAAGGCCACCACUGCUCUGUCCAUUGACCAAACAGCCUCUUCAGGAUCCAGUAGUGAAUCCCACCAAUGGGUUCUCCUAUGAAAGAAGUGCCAUUGACUGUGAGGAUGAAGACAGAGACCAGUAUAUUCCCAAUAGAGUGCUAAAGGACUACCUGCAGGCUGUACAGGGGCUACAGGAGGAGGAUUCUGCUACUAUGGAUCAUUCUGGUAGAAGCAUGACAUCAUCAUCGAAAGAUCUUCUCGAUCUCUUGGUUUGUCCCAUCACCCAGGAACUCCUAGAAGAUCCAGUCAUUGACCAUGAAGGAAACACAUAUGAACGAACUGCCAUUGUGGAUUGGAUACAGCAGCAUGGGGAUUCUCCCAUCACUCGGAAUCCACUAUCUGCACAACAGCUCUAUGACAACAACACACUCACAGAGGUGAUUAUAAAAGAGACUGUGCUUUAUGACGGGGACGGUGCUGCAGUUCUUGCCGCUUAUCACCGCUCGCGGAUCCAAGCAAAGAGGAACGAAAAUGGUGUCUUGGAUCCAGGAGGAGAACCGACAGUUAUUGCUCUACAGCCAAACGAGAGCACCGUCAGAUAUGCCUUGCCGUGUCUGAUGAAGCUGUCUUGUCUUUCGGUGCUUUUUGUUGGGUUUAUUCUACUGAUGCAUUUCAUGCGGCUUUCCAAACUCGAGGACUGAAAAAAAGUGGUGGUGGCCUUUGUCUGCAUGUACCCUCACCGAGGAGGCCACAGCUGUCUCGGGUUACGACCACACAGAGAGUGAAUGAAUCAUUGUUUCCUGUGCUAAACGAAACUAAACAACAUACAUGUAAACUAAAACAACAUUCGUGGAC